AUGUCGUUAGGACUCGCUGCAAUCUAUCCUGAGGGAACCGGUGACAGAAUCGGGAUUUCUUCGCGUUUGCAACAAGAUGGAGACGAGAUACAACCUCCCGCCCCUUCAACCGCGCCAAAAUUCGCGCCAAAGGCCUCUCCUCAAGAAACAACAACGACGCAAACCUCCAAGCAUUCUAAUGUUGCGCAUCCCGAUCUGCCCCCGGACGACGACCCCAAUACCGACAUGCCAAAACUCUCAGGGACGACCAUUGCUCUUACUAUGACGUCGCUCUGCCUAUCAGUCGCCCUCUCAGCGCUGGACAUGACUAUCGUGACCACGGCUAUCCCAAACAUCGUGGCAUCGCUCGAUUCGGUCGCUGGGUAUAUCUGGGUAGGCUCGGCAUUCAUCCUCGGCUUCACCGCCGUGACGCCAAUCUGGGGCUCCGUCGCAGACCUCUGGGGGCGGAAGCCAAUCAUUCUCUUGGCUCUGACGAUUUUCCUGGUCGGAAGUCUGCUUUGCGCGCUUGCGUCUCAUAUGGACGCCCUCAUCGCUGGCCGCGCCGUUCAAGGAGUCGGCGCCUCCGGUAUGGGUGUCAUGGUUAACACCAUUAUCUGCGACAUGUUCUCGCUUCGCGACCGCGGGUUGUAUCUUGCCAUCACCUCCAUAAUUUGGGCCAUCGGUAGUGCGGUAGGUCCCGUACUGGGCGGUGUCUUUGCGACAAGACUCGAUUGGCGAUGGUGUUUUUGGAUUAAUCUACCGAUCGGCGGAGUGGUCUUCAUCGUUCUCUUCUUCUUUCUCGACCUUCCAUCCCCCAACACUUCCGUCGCGGCCGGACUCAAGGCAAUCGACUGGACAGGCAGUUUGUUUUGCAUGGGCGGGUCGCUGAUGGUCCUUCUCGCUCUGGACUUUGGUGACGUUACGCACCCCUGGUCUUCGGCCACGGUCAUUUGUCUCAUCGUCUUCGGCCUCGUCGCCAUUGGCAUCUUUCUCAUGAAUGAGUGGAAGCUCGCCGCCAAUCCCGUGCUUCCCUUGCGGCUGCUGUCAAGCUGGUCGGAAGCGGCUGCAUACUUCGUCUUCGCCUUCAAUGCUUUCGUCUUCAUUGGCAUCACGUACUAUCUGCCUUUGUAUUCACAAGCGGUGUUGGGCGUCGACGCGUUGACAUCCGGCCUGUAUCUGCUGCCACUAAUUGUCUCCUGCUCGUUAUCCGCGGCUUGCGCAGGCGUGUUCAUCCAGAAGACUGGUCGUUACCGGGUGCUGAUGUACGCAGCGCAGGUUCUCCUGACACUAGGCACCGGGCUCUUAAUCAACCUCGAGUUCGAACGCAACCUAGCAAAGCUGUUUGUAUUCCAGAUCCUCACCGGCAUUGGCGUCGGGCUCAAUAUUGAAGCUCCCGUCCUGGCGGCUCAGGCUGCAACCACAGCACGCGACACAGCUGCCGUACUGGCAACGAUGAGCUUCCUGCGCUCCAUCGCGACAGCCAUCUCUGUCGUUGUUGGUGGUGUCAUCUUCCAGAAUCAGAUGAAGGCAGGGAAUUCAGCCUUGGCUCGCCAGAUCGGUCACGACUUGGCAAGUCGAUUCGAUGGGGAUAACGCGUCGGCUCAUGUUGAAGAAAUUGGGCUACUUUCAACAGACCAGCAAGUACCUGUGAGACAGGCCUAUUUUGGAGCACUGAGGACGGUAUGGAUUAUGUAUGUCGCCUUUGCGGGGCUGGCAACGGUUCUGAACCUGUUCGUGUCGGAAUAUCAUCUGAGUGACGAGAGAAAUGCGGUCGUUCUCGGUGUCGACAGGGGAAAUCCUGGCCCAUCGGAUCAGCCAGGUCGAGAAGUCGACAUACCCCUGGAGACAUCAGGUCGGCAACGCGAUGGGGACCAGCAGCAUAACUUGAGAAAUAGAGGGGUUUGA